AUGAACUUCAUAAAAACACACAUUUAUGAGCAGGAGUACACGAAUGAAGGAAUAAAAGAGCAUGAAAAGGACGCCAGGAGCGCAAAAGAAAUUGACGAAAAUAAAAGGUUAAAGGAGCUACCAGAGUUUAAAAGGGACCAUCAAUUCUUAAGUCUAUCAGAACAAUUGGAACUGAAAAAAAAUAACAACAAUGGUACAGGCACACUAGGGAAAGAUGAUGAAGCAGGACUCGUGAACAUUUAUGACAUGCCAAAUAUGACAGAAGAAUAUGCAGAAUAUUACGACAAUUAUGCGAAACAUGAUAAUUAUAGUAUUGAGAAAAUCAGGGAAAGAGAAAAAGAAGUAGAAUUUGAAUUUAAAGAAGCUAUAAAAAAUUAUGCAAAGAAAAAGGAAUUAAAGGAAAAAGAAGACGAAGUAGAUUUGUUGAAAGAAGAAAGUAAUCAUGUUAAUUUAAGUGAGAUAAAAAAAAAUAUAAUUAAAAAAAAAAAAAUUAUUCCAAUGAAGACCAGUGUGAAGGCCAUUAUAAAGACAAAGAAAAAAAAUGCCAUCUCUUCUCCGAAGGGGGACCAUUCCAACGUCAAAAAGGUUUCCACCCCUGAGAAGAAUUCACUUUUACUUGGUUAUUCGGAUUAUUCAGAUGAGUAG